UCCACGACCGACACCCUCAAUUAGUGUUUGUAACAGAAAUGCACCUCGGUCGAUCUUUGAGUCACCUCCUUCGUCUAUAAAUGCUCACUGCCCGCCUCCGUGACAGGAUCAACACCGAAUUCCAAGUCACUGGUUGAGCUCAAAGAUGUCCUCGAAACAGCUCUCGCUUUCUACACUUGCCAUUCAUGGCGAUGACAAGGUGAACGUCGUAACGGAUGUUGCACCGCCGAUGCAUGUGUCGACAACCUACCGCUACCCCCGGAACCCGGACGAACUUGUCCCAGUCUCCGGCGACGAGGUCCCCUCCACGACAGAACCCCAUGUCUACUCCCGCGUAACCCACCCCAACACCACCCGCCUCGAAUCCCUCCUCUCCUCCAUCCUCAAAGGCCAGGUCCUGACUUACUCUUCCGGCCUCGCCGCAUUCUACGCCAUGCUCACAUUCUUCCGUCCACGUGUCGUUGCAAUCUCCGGUGGUUACCACGGGUGUCACGGAAUCCUCCACAUGCACCAAAAACUGUACGGAUUGAAAAUCGUUGAUUUAUUCAGUGUGGGGGAGUGGGAUGAGGCGGGGUUGGGGGAGGGUGAUGUCGUACAUGUUGAGACACCUGUGAAUCCGACGGGGGAGGCGAGGGAUUUGGGGUAUUUUUCGAGUUUGGCAAAGGAGAGGGGUGCGAUAUUGACGGUCGAUGCGACGUUUGCGCCGCCGCCUCUGAUGGAUCCGUUUGCGUUGGGGGUGGAUGUCGUGAUGCACUCCGGCACCAAAUACUUCGGUGGACACAGCGAUAUGCUCUGUGGUAUCCUCGCGGUUCAACGAAAUGAUUGGUGGGAAGGAUUGGGCGUCGAGCGGGUUUAUCUGGGAAGCGUGUUGGGGAGUUUGGAGGGGUGGUUGGGGGUGAGGAGUGUACGGACGUUGGAGUUGAGGGUGAGGCAGCAGAGUUCUAGCGCGACGGCUUUGGUCAAGUGGUUGCACGACUGCCUCACUGACUCCCCAGACGUGCCGGAGGAUGAGAGAGAGUUGAUCCAAGCAACCAUCCACUCCAUCCAGCACACCUCCAUCCAAGCCCUCGACCCCGCCAACAGCUGGCUCAAAACACAAAUGCCAAACGGCCACACACCGGUGUUCGCCAUCCACCUCCGCACACCCACCAUGGCCAAGAAUUUCCCGAGCCGAUUGGAGUUGUUCCAGCAUGCGACGAGUUUGGGGGGUGUGGAGAGUUUGGUUGAGUGGAGACGGAUGAGUGAUGAGGAGGUCGAUGAGAGGUUGGUGAGGGUUAGUGUUGGGAUUGAGGGGUGGGAGGAUUUGAGGGAGGAUUUUAUGGGGGGGUUGAGGGGGGUUAAGGGGAUGUGAAGGAUGGGAAAGGCGAAGCGUGUGCCUCUAGAGAGCUCGAUGAAGUAGCU